AUGGACCACAUCAACCUCGGCCUCAUGAACCUGGAUCUCAAGAUGAACGAGGCCGUCACCGCCAUGAAGCUCCCCUUCUGCAACAUGCCCUAUAACAUGAACCCAAUGUACCCCAAGGGGAGCAAUGCCAAUGCCAAUGUCGAUGUCAAUGCGUUCGAGAUGAAUGUUGGGGUGAACAAGUACUCCAAUAGCCCUAACGGGAAAGACACCAAUGGGAAAAACAAUGGCAGCAGCAACAAUAAUGGAGGAAACAGCAAUGGGAGCGCCAACGGUAAUUCUACGGUUGACAAGCGCUUCAAGACAUUGCCAACAAGUGAAAUGCUACCGAGGAAUGAAGUCCUUGGUGGAUACAUCUUUGUCUGCAACAACGAUACCAUGCAGGAGGAUCUCAAGAGGCAGCUUUUUGGUUUUAGCUUGUAUUCAAUCCCUUGUAUUGUUUUGCGCACUGUUGGUGUACUGGCUGCCAGUUUCGGUGGGUCUAAUAUCUAUCCCACUGCAUGGGAGGAUAAGAAGUGUAAAGGUGAAUCUAGAUUCCCAGCGCAGGUGAGGAUCCGCAUUAGGAAGCUUUGCAAGCCGUUGGAAGAGGAUUCCUUCAGGCCAGUUUUGCACCAUUAUGAUGGCCCAAAGUUUCGCCUUGAGCUCUCCAUCGCGGAGACCUUGUCGCUGCUAGACCUAUGCGAGAAGGAAGGCAUCUGA